AUGAAUGUCAUCCAUUUAGAGGUGAUGAUAAUUUCCAAGAAUGUAAAAAAGCACUUGAAAAAUGUUAAAGAUUUAAAGGUAGUUCAUAUUGCUAAUGAUAAAAUAAAGAUGUAUAUAUAGAUACAUAAAUUUAAGGAUAUAAAAAGAGAUAUCAUUAAUAAUGGUCCUGUUGUUGCUAUUAUGUAAGUUUACAAAGACUUUUUGGUUUAUAGAGAUGGAAUAUAUAAAGUCUUAGAAUGAAUACCUAGAUUUCAUGGAGGAUAUGCUGUAGAUAUUAUAGGAUGGGGAGAAUAAAAUGUAUAUUAAUAUUGGAUUAUUUAAAACACAUGGGGUAAAAGUUGGGGAAUUGAAGUAAUAGCUAAACUUAGUAUAGAUGGUUUUAUAGAUCUGUCUUUAUAAACAUUAUCAAUUAUUUAUUAAAUAAUAUAAUAAAUUAUUUAUAUUUUUUGAAGUUAAUAAUUCAAAUAAAUCAAAAUUCAAAUGAU